AAAAUCGUUCCAAAAAAUAUCAUUCUGAUAAUCUUAACAAGCUACUUAAAUAUUACAAAAAAGAAAUCUUUGAUUCUAAAUAUCAACAGUUAGUUAAAAAAUAUCCAGCAUUAGAAGAUCUUUUAGAAGCAAUAGAAGAAUAUGGAAUUGAAGAUUAG